UAUAAAAAAUAGAUGUUCUGAAACUUCUUAGAGGCUGAGGAGGAUCAGUGGAGUAGACCUCAAGAAUGGCACUUAUGGAAGAUUCUUGGGAAAUCCUUGAAGAGUACCAUAUAGAUGAAGAUCUGGGCUUCGCUCUGCCAAAUCCACUGGAGGAACUACCUCAUGAUUAUGAUGCCUGGAGUUUCAUUGCUAAAAAUCUUCCUGAACUGAUUGAGAAUGGCCAACUUCGAGCAGAAGUUGAGAAGAUACCACUGCUCAGCAUUGAUGAGCUCCAAGGACAUAAGUCACAGCGACUCGCACAUUUGAUUCUGGGAUACAUUACCAUGGCAUACGUGUGGGAUCGAGGUGAUGGAGAUGUCCGAAAGGUCUUGCCAAGCAAUAUUGCUAUUCCUUACUGCAAACUCUCUGAGAAGCUGGGACUGCCUCCUAUUCUGUGUUAUGCAGAUUGUGUCUUGGCAAAUUGGAAGAAAAAGGAUCCCAGUGGGCCUAUGACCUAUGACAACAUGGACAUUUUGUUCUCGUUUCCUGGUGAGGAGUGCAGUAAAGGAUUCUUCCUGGUUUCUCUGUUGGUGGAAAUAGCAGCUUCUCCUGCAAUCAAAGCAAUUCCCAUUAUACUCAGUGCUGUGAAACAGCAGGACCAGGAUACUUUGCAAAAGGCACUUCUUGAUGUGGUUUUUUCUCUGAAAGAAGCCCUAAGAGUGUUUCAGGAAAUUCAUGAGUAUGUGGACCCCAAACUAUUUUUCAAUGUUCUUCGCAUAUAUUUGUCUGGCUGGAAAGGAAACCCACAGCUGUCAGAGGGUUUGCUGUAUGAGGGGGUCUGGGACACCCCGAGAAAAUAUGCAGGGGGAAGUGCUGCCCAAAGCAGCAUAUUUCAGAGUCUUGAUAUCCUUCUGGGCAUAGAGCAGAUUGCUGGUGGAGGACCUGCUGCUGAGUUCCUCCAGGACAUGAGAACAUACAUGCCACCAGCACAUCAGGACUUUCUUCGCUUCUUAGAGACAGGUCCAUCAGUCCGUAAAUUUGUUGUUUCAAAAGAUGAUGCUGGCUUGCAGGAAACUUUUGAUCAGUGUGUGGAAGCUCUGGUCUCCCUGAGGAGCUACCAUUUGCAAAUAGUAACAAAAUACAUUGUGAUUCCUGCAAGCCAGAAACCCAGGGAAAAUGAAAUGGCAGAAGAGCCAACCGGACAAGAAAACAGAGGAACUGGAGGCACUGAUAUCAUGAAUUUCCUAAAGACUGUAAGAAACACAACCAAGAAGUCCUUUUUGAAGGAUCGUUAAUGUAACCCCAGCAAGGGUACAUUUCACUGAAGCACAGAAAUUGACAUAUUUUCCUGUCACUGCUCAUUGAAUCAGACCCAUGAAUUAAUGAUAGAUAGUAAUUUACUAAUGAUACACCAUAAAAAGAUUUCUAAAUAUUUUUUUCUUUUAUCUAUGGAUCUAUGUAGGAAAAUAACAAAAAAUGAUAGUAUAAGGAUGCUACAAAUAACAUUAGAAAUAUUAUAAUCUAUUUAUCAAUGGAAUAUAACGAUGAAAUUCAAUAAAGA